AUGGAGCCGGGCCAGAUUGACCCCGAGCAGCAGGGCAAUGUCCAUCGUGGGGGCAAGGCUGAACCAGCCGACAUCAUCCAUGAUACCCAUUUCAUCCAUGAGCCCUGCGUCUCUGACCCCCAGUCUCCCCUUCUCGCUGAAAAACUCGCCGUUGUCAUGGUGGGCCUGCCAGCCCGCGGUAAAACUUACAUUGCCACCAAAUUGGCCUACUACCUCAACUGGGUCAUGCUCAAGACGCGCGAUCUCUCUCUCUCUCUCUCUCUCUCUCUCUCUCUCUCUCUCUCUCUCUCUCUCAUGAUCAACCUGAUCCUGACUGCCAUGCCUUUGCUUGCGGUGUUGCGGGACUGCUGGUUUACCCAUGUUGCAGUCUUCAACCUGGGUCGUUACCGGCGCGAAAAGUAUGGACCCCAGUCCCCGGCCAUGUUCUUUCACCCCAACAACACUGCCGGUGUUGAACAGCGCCGUCUCCUGGCCUUGGAGGCCAUAGAUGACGUCAUGGAGUGGCUCAAGAGCGGCGGCGUGUGUGCCGUCUUUGACGCCACCAACAGCGCACGCGAGCGACGCAUGAUGAUCUUCCGAGAGCUCACGCAGCGCGGUGUGCCCGUGUUCUUUGUCGAGUCGGUCUGCAACGAUGACGAUCAGAUCACCCGUAACAUCAUGCAAGUCAAGGUGGGCCUGCCUGACUACAUGUCGUCCACAGUCGAAGCAGCGGUCAGCGACUUUAAAGAGCGCAUCGACUACUACAAGAUGCUCUAUGAGCCCCUGCACGUGGAUGUCGAUCGAGCCCUCAGCUUCAUCAAGCUGGUUGACGUCGGCCGCUACUUUCUCGUUCACCGCUGCGAAGGAUAUCUGCAGAUGCGCAUCAGCCGCUUUUUGAUGAACAUCCACAUUGAAAAGCGACACAUCUACAUCUCACGCCACGGCGAGAGCAUGUACAAUACCAAAGGUUUGAUCGGUGGUGAUUCAGAUCUGAGCCCGCGAGGCCGACUCUACGCUCGUCGCCUGCGCAACUUUAUGGCCAAGUUUGUCUCAUGGCGCAGCGAUGGCGAUGGCGAUGGCGAUGACACCAACGGGGAGAAACUGGACAACCUUCGAGUGUGGUGCAGCUCCCUCAACCGCACCAUUCAGACGGUGGAGCAUUUUCGCUACAAGGAGGCAUGGAAGGCCUUGGAUGAGCUGGACGCCGGCGAGUGCGACGGUUUGUCGUACGAGGAGACCAAGGAGCGCUUCCCGGAGAUGUACAAGGAGCGCCAGGGCAACAAGUACUGGACCCGAUACCCUCGUGGCGAGUCGUACGCCGACGUCGUCCAGCGACUGGAGCCCCGCAUCAUGGAGCUGGAGCGCAUGCGCGACAACGUUCUGGUGGUGUGCCACCAAGCUGUGGCGCGAUGCUUGUUAGCUUACUUUCAAAACAUGUCGGACCUGGCUGACCAACUGCCAUACCUGAAAAUUCCCCUGCAUACCGUCUUCAAGAUUACGCCGAUUCCAUACGGCAACCGUAUUGAGGUGUUUGAUCUGGGCGUUGACGCGGUCGAUACCCACGUGCCUCGCGACGAGUCGGCGUCCCCCAGCCAGACACAGGCCCCCCCACAGCCUGAGCUGGGCCAGCCACACGAAGGCUUCUUUGUGCCCGGGCCGCCAGAGGUGGAGGGUACGACGCAGGAUGACCAAGCAGCACGCCGCGUCAUGGACGUGCACUUUAGCCAACGCGAGCUGAGCGACAUCACGCCUGCACCGCCAUCACCAUCGACGAUUGGUCCUCCCGCCGCUGCAGCCGUAUUAACGGCGGACACGUCCCAAGCAGGUGCCGCCGAGAAGCAAACGGCAGCAGGGACUGAGACCAAGGCCAUCGACGAUGAUCUGGAGACGCUGUCCUCCUCACGGUUCGGAGCUCUGGCCGUGGACUCGUAUGGCCCGGAGGCAUCGGGUCCCUUGCCUGUGACCCUUUUGCGUGAUUCCAAGGGAUCGCGCUUGGAUGAGAAGCGCCCCACCAACCUCAGCCUCAACGCGGAUAGUCAUCCGGGCACACCCGUCUUCAACUCGAUUCUUGACGAUGAUGACGAAUUGGGCCUAGAUCAUCCGACUUCUCCGCCCAAUCGCCCCAGCCAGGUCUUUGUCAUGUCGUCGCGCGAGACCAAGCAUGGCAUCGUCAACGAGGUUGUCAAGGGAGAUCAUUUGAAUUAG